UUUUCACUUCUGUCUUGUAUCGGGAGACAUGGCGACGUCCCUGAUUUGCGGCUGUUUGACGGCUAGCCUGAGAUCCUCUGGGGCCAGGAGCUCUAUCAGCUCCGCUUCAAAGGUUCUUGGUGGCUCCACAGGUCUGUUUGGCGGCCAUGUGUCCCAGCUGCAUCCCCCCCACCUGCAGCAGCAGCAGAGGAACCUCUCCUUACAUGAGUAUAUGAGCAUAGGCCUGCUGAAAGAGGCCGGCAUCUCUGUACCGGUGGGAAUGGUGGCCAGCUCCUCCGACGAGGCGUACAAUGUGGCUAAGCAGAUCGGUUCCAAAGAUCUGGUGGUGAAAGCUCAGGUUCUGGCUGGAGGCAGAGGGAAGGGCACGUUUGAGGGCGGGCUGAAAGGUGGAGUGAGGAUCGUCUACUCCCCAGAGGAGGCCCGAGAAAUUUCCUCUCAGAUGAUUGGUCGAAAACUUUACACCAAACAGACCGGAGAGGCGGGUCGGAUCUGCAACCAGGUGUUCAUCUGUGAGCGCAGAUACCCACGCAGAGAGUACUACUUCGCCAUCACUAUGGAGAGGUCUUUUCAGGGUCCUGUGUUGAUUGGCAGCUCACAGGGGGGCGUGAACAUCGAAGAUGUGGCCGCAGAAAAUCCAGACGCCAUUGUGAAAGAGCCCAUCGACAUUGUGGAGGGUAUUAAAAAGGACCAAGCUGUCAAGGUCGCUCAGAAGAUGGGCUUCCCAGCAGCUCUGGUUGAUGAGGCAGCGGAGAACAUGAUCAAGCUUUACAACCUCUUCAUCAAGUAUGACGCCUCCAUGGUGGAGAUCAAUCCCAUGGUGGAGGACUCCUCUGGCGUCGUGAUGUGCAUGGAUGCCAAAAUCAACUUUGACUCCAACGCAGCGUACCGCCAGGAGAAAGUGUUCGCAAUGCGCGACUGGAGUCAGGAGGACCCCCGCGACCAGCAGGCCGCCAAGGCUGACCUCAACUACAUAGGCCUGGACGGGACUAUCGGCUGCCUGGUAAAUGGUGCUGGUCUGGCAAUGGCCACCAUGGACAUCAUCAAGCUCCACGGAGGCACACCGGCCAACUUCUUGGAUGUAGGAGGCGGAGCCACUGCUCAUCAGGUGACAGAGGCGUUUAAACUCAUCACUUCAGACAAGAAGGUGCAGGCCAUCCUGGUCAACAUCUUUGGAGGCAUCAUGAGGUGUGAUGUCAUCGCCCAGGGCAUCAUUAUGGCUGUCAGAGACCUAGAUCUCAAAAUCCCCAUCGUAGUACGGUUACAAGGGACGAGAGUGGAUGAUGCCAAAGCUCUGAUCGCUGCCAGUCCUCUCAAAAUCCUGGCAUGUGACGACCUCGACGAAGCUGCAAAAAUGGUUGUAAAGCUUUCAGAAAUAGUUUCCUUGGCAAAAGAAGCUCAAGUGGACAUCACCUUCCAGCUGCCCAUCUAAGAAAGCCUCACAUCCCCAUGUUGCCCCUCAGCGACCUCCACCCCCACCCCACUCACUGACAGUAGGACCGACGCCUCCAGAAGAUUCAUUAGCUUCAUUUCAAUGGUGUGUGUGGUGUGAUGGUGAGACUGAACAGCUCUCACCUCUAGCAAUUAAAAAUGCCUUCUUUUCUCCACAUGCUCUUCCUUUUUUCCAGAGCUCCCUCUGAGACUCAAUCUUUUGCACUUAAGACGAAACGCACAACCCUCCCAACCCCCUCAGCCUAUAACACCAUUUCUACUCUGAGAGCGUGACUCGUGAUCAUUUUACUUCCUUACUUGCUGGGAUCACCUCGUUAAAAAACACAGCAGCUUUUUUCAGUUUGUUACAGAAUCCUCAGAUUUAAGUCGCCUCGUUUCCGUCAGUCAGGAGCUAAAAUGGCUGCAGUGAAGAGUGUUUGUUUAUUGAACUUGUCCCUGUAGGAGUAUCAAGCUCUACUGCUUUGAUCUAGUUUUGAUCCGUCAACAUGCUCUGGUCCAGGCUGCAGGCAGAGGAAUUCAUCAUCUGGUUCACUGCUGACCACAUCCAAACCAUGAGAGCCUGGGCGCUAUCUUUAAAAGUAGCUAUUAGAAGGUUUUUCAUACUUUAGCUUCAGCUGCACACGUCCGAAUGGAUUUCAUAUUAACCUUUGAGCCUCGAGAUUCGGGAUCACCAACCGUCACAGGCAUCAGGUCGGCGGGUUGGAAGUCUGCUGCAGCUCAAUGUUUAGUCCCCAUAAAGAUAGCUGAUCCAUUACAUCAAGAGUUUGUUAUUGUUAGCGGCUUCCUUUGGAGUGAGGCUGAAAUGCCACAAUGCCUGUGUUCACUUAGUUUUACUCCGUUUAGGACAAGGUGAAACAAUAUCCUCUAGGCUGUUUAGAGCUGGUAGUUAAAUAGCUGCUGGAUGAAGACGUGUCUGUUUUUGUCUUUUCUAACUUACCUUUCAGUGUUUGUUGGAAACAAACACUGAAAUUCAUUAAACAAGCCCCACUAUAUUCUUUCUUUAAUGGUAUGAUUAUUACAGCGCGUUACACUAUUAUAGAAAAGAUACUUUAUGACUGAAGUUUCAGCUGCUUUCUAAACGGCACUUCCCUACAGCCGGGGAUAACAGGCAAAGCAGAUAUGAUGGAGGCAGACUAACAAGGAAAAAGCUCCCCUGAUUUCUCUCACUGAAUGUCAGAGAGAGUAAAAUCAGAUUGGGAGGAAAAAUCUGGACCUGUUAGAUCAAUAUCUGAAAAAUAAUACAUUGUGCAGCCAAACUUUAGAAAUAACCGUUCGUUAUGGUAUAAACAGCAGGUAAUUUAUUGAUGGUUGAGGACAGAUGCUGGUUUGUUUUCCCGAAGUGACUCAACAAUACCAGGUUCCAAAAAAAUAAAUCAGGAGACCGAGUCCCUACUUAAACCCUACUUAAAGUCAAUGCUAUAAUAUGUACUACUCCUAUACAUUAAGUUUAAAUAAUUUUUUAGGCAGCAUUAAUAAAAAAACAGUUAUGGUCCUCAAUGAGUUUUUAAACUUGCGUGUUCCUUGUAAGACAUAACCUUUCAGCAUUUCUUUUUUGUUUCUAACAGUAAAAAUCCAGUAUUUUUAAACUCUUUAAGUGUUUGAAUCGUCGUUGUUGUUUUUUUUGGGGUUCCAUAGCAGCUGAAGUUGUGUUCAAGAAGAGGGAAGUAAAAGCUGAUGAUCCAGAGUCUUAACAAAUUGAACCACAUCCAUGUUUUCCUAUUUAAUUUCAUACUUUUGUUGUCCUUUUAAGUGCAGGUUCAUAUCAGUUUGCUGAGUCUAAAAACAGCUAAGUAACCCAAUUAUUUUGAACACUUUGCUGCUGGACAACUCAGAUUAUUUAUUAGAUUACUGCAACGUAUUUUAUGUGAACUGAAACCUGUAAGAGAGACUCCUGUUCAUUCUGCCAUCACACCACCCAACAGCAGCUGCUUCCUCCAAGGUCCUUUCCUUUCUGUAGGCAAAGCUCCAGUCUUGCUAGUCUGCAUCCCAUCAGAUGAACUGUAAAAGCAGCUCUAGUUGUUUUCUCUCCUUCCUUUCUCUCUCUCUGCCUCCACGCCUCAACAAGCAGACAUUGUGAGUUGUACGUUAUUUUAUCUUGUAAAUAACUAGACUGAUGUUCUCACUCUGUAACAUAUUUAUGAGGAUUCACAAAGAGUUCGGCAAUGAAAAGAAUAAAUGCAGAGAACAACAGAA